AUACGUGGAAGCAGAGGCGCCCGAUAAAAAACGUCAGAAAAUACGUGGAUUGCUGAAGCGAAAGUGUAUUUUUAUAAAAAUCAAGUGGAAUGCUUCGAUAUUUUGUGGAAAUAAACUAGGCUAGCCACCCAUCAACAAUCGCAGUUUAAUAAUUAAACAACCCACUAUCGAUCGGCGGUGGCUGGCUGAUGUGAUUAGUAAUUCAAUUAAGGAAUAGCAGCAGCAAUAGUUGGGUAUCACGGGUUUCGGGGGGAAAGUCGAAAAGGCAAGAGUUUUUCUUUGUGCAGUGAGAGUUCAACAUUACGGAAUACCAGAGGUUGUUGAACAACUUAGAUGGCCCCGACUAGGAAACCGAAUGAUGGGCUGCUGGCCCGGGUCAAUUUCCCACUAUAUGCCAUUGAAAUGCUGACCAGCAGACAUGUCCUGGUGGCAGGGGGCGGCGGAGCCUCAAAAACUGGAGUCGCUAAUGGGUUUGAAAUCUACGAGAUUUACCACAAUGGCGAGAAAUAUGUGGCCGAAGAAAUAAUCCGGCACGAAACGGGUCCAACGGUGGUCAUGAACUGUGCGAUAAAAAACGAUGAAAAGCGGUCACUACUUCUCGCUGGUCAGGAAAAUCACUGCCAAAUGUAUCUGGUCAAUCCGAUUAUAACUUCCGGUGCAGAUGGGGAAACUAUUGGGGCCGGGAAAACAUCUGAAACACUGGACAGUUUAAGGAAGAGGAAAGCGGCACCAUCUCAACAACCACAGGCCAAUGGACAGGUCAAUCAUCCAAAGGAUUCAGAACAAUCCGCGGAUAAGAAAUUGAAAGGCGAUGGAAAAGACGAUCGGCAAAGGAAACGCAUUAGGUUCGAGAUAAAAACCGGCGAUUCAGUUCAGACAGAUUUUACUGAAAAUGAACCACUACAGCGAGUUGUUCGAAUCAGUUCCAACGGAAAGGUGAUGGCCACUGGAGGAACCGAUGGACAUUUACGGCUUUGGCAUUUCCCCAAAAUGACACUGAUUACGGCCAUUUUGGCGCAUACCAAUGAAAUCGAUGAUUUAUGUUUCAGUCCCGAUAGCAAGCAUAUCGUUUCGAUAGCCAAGGAUGGCCUCGGGAUGAUAUGGCCCGUCAAUCCGGCCAAAGAAUCCAAGAAACUUGUGUGGGAUCCUCCAGAAGGUGGCAAAUAUUUACUGAAGCGAUGUCGCUACGGAGUGAUAGAAGGUCAAAAGGAUAAGCAUCGUUUGUUCACCUUGGCCAAUCCCCUUACAAGAUCCGGUAAAACCAGGGGAUACCUUCAACAGUGGGAUCCGGAAGUGGGUCGGUUGACUCGGGUGGUAGAAAUCGAUGAGGCAUUGGCAGCAUUAGCCGUACGAGACGAUGGCCGAUUCGUGGCCAUCGGAACCAUGUUCAGUGGUUCUGUCUCGAUAUACAUAGCCUUCAGCUUGCAACAAGUGAUGCACAUUCCCAAUGCUCAUGCGAUGUUCGUCACCGGACUGGAGUUCCUACCAGUUACCAAUUUCGAUGGCCCGGCCGUUACUGCUGAUACGGAGGCAGCUGUCCUCUCCAUUUCGGUGGACAAUCGGGUGUGCAUUCACAGUUUUCAAUUCAGACAUUCUCUCCCGGCGUGGGUAGCAAUUUUCGCAAUUAUUCUCAUACUGUGCAUCACAUUUUGUUUCUGCUCAUACAUCGGACUGUGAUUUUAAGUUGUUUCUAUAAAUGUAUCAUAACUUUGUGAGUGUUAGAAACGUGUACAGUUCAUUGGCAGUUUGGAGCCCGAAAUUUCAGCAAUAAGGCACUCGACUCGUUGCAAAAAUAUAAAUUCAAUUCCUCUGCAUCGAAACCUGUUCAAAAGUUUAACUAGUUAUCUUCAAAAGAACAAAAUUUGCUAUCGAUCAGAAACGAAUGCCUUCACUGCAAUCAAUCGUUAAAAAUUCUCUUUCUUAUCUUUGUUGCCUAUAGGCUUCUCAGUAAUGUGAGUUUUCAGCAUUUUACCCAAAAAUAACUUCAAAAUAAGGUGUUGAGAGAAUACAAUCCUGCAAAAAUAAAUAUCAACGCUGUCCUCUCACUGCAGAUCUAUCGAUCAAAAUGGUAAAUCAAUAGCCCAAAUUUAUAAAAACACUGACACACGUGACGUAGUGACUACAAAAUAGCUUAAGGUGAAAGAAGUUAAUAAUUUAUUGUAAAUCUGUCAGCCUAGUUUGUUAUGCUAAAAACAACAAAAAAGUACCCCCAUCAUAGUUAAAAAUAUAUCAAAU